AUGAAGCUCUCCGUCAUUUCUGCCGUUUUCGUCUCCCUCGCCGCCGCCGCUGCCGCAAAAACAACCCCCACACGAGAAGUGGCCGCUGCUGCUGCAGUCCCUGACCCCGUGCAGGACGGCAUCGCCAAAAACUGCAAGACUUACUACCAGGCCAAGCCCGGCGACAGCUGCCAAAAGAUUGUCAACGACUACGGCGUCUUUACCUUUGGCGACUUUUUCAAGUGGAACCCCGCCGUGGGCAAGAACUGCGAGUCCUUGCUCGGUGGCUGGUACUACUGCGUUGGCGUCCCUGGUACACCCAGCAAGUGCACCGAGAAGCAUCCUACCCCGACCCAGCCCGGGAGCGCCUGCAAGUGUGGUCAGUGGUACAAGGUCAAAAAGGGCGACAAUUGCCAGGCCCUCGAGAAGAAGUUUAAGAUUUCGGACAAGGAUUUUCGGAAGCUCAACGGUGGCUUGAAUAAGGAGUGCUCGAAUCUGCAGGCCGACGUCAACGUCUGUGUCAAAGCCUGA